GUGAAACGUUCGCCAAGACACACCGCCCCAAACAUGAACUGAAACGUACGAUCGUGUGCGGCCGGUUUGAGAAGCCACAAGAAAGAGUGAAAGCACGUAACAACCCCUCGAGCCUCCAACGUGUCGAAACGGAACUGUCAGAAGUUGUUUGUUUUGAUCGUUCGCACCCCCGCGUAGGGAAAGAGAGAAAGAGAGCGAUCGUGACGUGUGCGGUGAAAUUUCGGUGAAAUUAAGGUGCAUCCAUUGUGCGACCUUGGGAACAGUGAAAUAUGGCGGAAAGUUCACCAAAAGAUGCUACCAAAAGUGUGACGAAAAGCAGCUCCAAAAGCGACACGAAACCGACGAACCAGAAGGCAGAAAGUGGACGAACCUUAUGGUGGAUAGUCUUCGGCAUCGUGCUCAUCCUAACGUUUGGGACGCGAUUCUACAAUGUCACCGUACCGGACCACGUCUGUUGGGAUGAAACACACUUCGGCAAGAUGGGCAGCUGGUACAUCAACCGGACGUUCUUCUUCGAUGUGCACCCACCGCUCGGCAAGAUGCUGAUCGGACUGUCCGGCUAUCUGACCGGGUACGAUGGCACAUAUCCGUUCGACAAACCGGGCGACAAAUACAACGGAACGCACUACGAGGGAAUGCGAAUUUUCUGUACGGCACUGGGAGCCGCCAUUGUGCCCAUGUCCUUCCACACCGUCUGGGAUAUGACGCGAUCACUGACGGCGGCCAUCUUUGCAGCGGCUUACAUUCUCUUCGACAUCGGAAUGCUGAUCCUGAACCGCUACAUUCUGCUCGAUCCACCGUUGAUUUGCUUCAUGACCGCUUCGGUCAUGGGAAUGGCACGCGUAACACGGCUUACGCAGGACGCUCGCAGCUUCACACCCGCCUGGUGGCUCUGGUUGGUCAUUACCGGGGCUAUGCUCGCCUGUACGAUCAGCGUAAAGUUUGUGGGGUUGUUUGUGGUGUUGCUCGUGGGUCUCCACACGGUCAGUGAUCUGUGGGAUGUGCUGGGUGAUUUAUCACGCCCAAUAACAUACACCAUACGGCAGUUGCUGGCCCGAGCGGCCACACUGAUCGUUCUACCGAUCCUGCUGUACGCGGCCUUCUUUUACGUGCAUCUGUCCGUAUUGAAUCGUAGUGGCAGUGGCGAUGGAUUCUACAGUUCCGGUUUCCAGUCGCAUCUGAUCGGUAACUCGCUGUACAAUGUGUCGAUGCCCCGGGAGGUGGCGUACGGUGCGGUAAUCACGUUGAAGAACCACAAAACGGGUGGUGGCUAUCUGCAUUCGCAUAACCAUCUGUAUCCGAAGGGUACCGGUGCGCAGCAGCAGCAGGUUACGACGUACAGCCACAAGGAUUUAAACAACCGCUGGCUGAUCAAACCGUACGACAAGCAACCGCAGCCGGGAGCUAACUUGACGCUCGUGAAACAUGGGGAUCUGGUGAGACUGGAGCACACGCCAACGAACCGUAAUCUGCACUCGCAUCGGGAACAGGCGCCCGUGACGAAGAAGCAUCUUCAAGUCACCUGUUACGGUGAGGACGGAAUGGGCGAUACGAACGAUGUGUGGCAGGUGCAGAUCGUGGGCGGCAAAACGGGUGACAUCGUGGAAACCGUGACGAGCCGGUUAGUGUUCUACCACUACAUCGAACGGUGCGUGCUGACGACCACCGGCAAGCAGCUGCCCAAGUGGGGCUUCGAGCAGCAGGAGGUCACCUGCAAUCCCAACAUCCGCGACAAAGCCGCCCAAUGGAACGUCGAGGACAAUCAAUUUGAAGAAUUGCCGAGCGUCAACUUCCAGGUGUACGCACCGGGAUUCCUCAGCCGGUUCCUCGAAUCGCACGCCGUCAUGCUGCAGGGCAACGCGGGUCUGAAGCCAAAAGAGGGCGAAGUCACCAGUCGACCGUGGCAAUGGCCCAUCAACUAUCGGGGCCAGUUCUUCUCCGGUUCCGACCACCGGGUCUACCUACUCGGCAACCCAAUCAUCUGGUGGAGCAAUUUGGUGUUUUUAGCGCUGUUCCUAAUCAUCUUCGGUGUCGAGAUUAUCAAAUACCGGCGCAAUUCCGCGCAACCGGCACCGGCAGCGACAUCGGCCGCUGGGACUCGCGAGGACAACAAAUGGCGUCUGUUACGGGCCGGUGUGUGGCUGUUCGGUGGCUGGCUGAUCCACUAUCUGCCGUUCUACGCAAUGGGACGAGUACUCUACUUCCACCACUACUUCCCCGCUCUCGUCUUCAACUCCAUGCUCGCCGGCGUAAUGCUCGAUUACCUGACGGUCCGGUUGCCGAGCUGGCUACGACACGCUGUGCUGGGAUCAGCGAUGGCCGGGCUGGUGUACAGCUUUGCCAUGUUCGCACCCCUCGCCUAUGGUAUGAGCGGUCCCUUCAGCCACGAACCGAACUCCACCCUGGCGGGGUUGAAGUGGUUGAGCAGCUGGGAGUUUUAGGCUCGGAUGGUCGGAUCGGAUCGGAAAACCGCGAAGCAGCGGUCUGCAGAGGGAACCGCGUCACUCAUCAUCACUCUCGUCAAACCUUCACGCGCCCUUAUUGGGUUGGGAUGAGUUGUUACGGAUAAAAGAAAAAGAAGUAUAAAAAGACAAUACAUUGUUAUGGAGCAGCCUGAUGCUUGAAGCAGAUUCAGUAAUACUCAUAAAAGUUGCAAUAAAAAUGAUUAAUUAAACAAUA